GUGCAGUCCAAAAUGAAGUUGCCACUUAUAACGGUUGGGAUGGUUUUGAUGGUCUUAGUUAAGGACAGCCAGCAAUAUUAUAAGAGCAGGGCAUACACCUACUUGAAUGAAGCUCUUAUUAGGGGAGUUGCUGAUUCCUUGCACCAUCUGUCCCUUCAAGGAUUGAAAUAUUCGGAAGAUGAAGCAAAGAAAAAACUCUUCGAACUCACUCUUAUAGAAUCAAUUAAGAAUAUUGACUUGUUCUUCCAACUACAAGCAGCUGAUCGUGCAUUUGACUACGACGUGGUAAAGGGUGUUAUUGCUGAAACACUGGCCAGUCCCGAAGUUCAAAUGGGUUAUCAGGAAAUAUUACGGAACCCCCUAGCACCAAGGGUAAUAGGUGCUAGUGUCAUGGGAGUCACCCAGUUGAUCUCAGAUUUUGUGAAGAUGAUGUUGACCCGAUACUAAACUGUACAAUUGUUAAAUAAAU